GCUAUUCUCGUUCCCGGGUACGCAAAAACUUCCGGGGUUUCAGAGUGGACUACAACGUAGUUGAAGCGUUUGCCUUGGUUGUGAGUGUGCAAGCGUUCACUCCUUUACAACACUAUCCCUUUUUACUCCUCACUUUUUCAUUGUGUGAUUCAGAGGCUCACAUCACAAAAUGCAUCCAGCAACUGCAAAAUGGUACGACAAGAGAGACUCUGUUAUUAUAGAGUUCUGUAUAGCUGACAGCAAAGACGUCAAAGUGAACUUUGAUAAAACCAAGUUUGCUUUUAGCUGUCUUGGAGGAGCUGACAAUGAAAAACACGAGAAUGAAGUAGAACUUUUUGAAGCUAUUGAUGAGAAUGAAUCCAAACACAAACGCACAGAUCGCUCAGUGUUGUGUUAUCUACGAAAAGCACAGCCGGGGAAAGCAUGGCCAAGGCUAACUAAAGACAAAACUAAGCUGAGCUGGCUUAGUGUCGAUUUCAACAACUGGAAAGACUGGGAGGACGACUCAGAGGAAGAGAUGGGCAACUUUGAUCAGUUUUCAGACAUGAUGAACAACAUGGGCGGUGAGGAGGACCUUCCUGAUCUAGAUGGUGCAGAUGAUGAUGACUCUGCAGAUAGCGAUGAUGAGAAAAUGCCCGACUUGGAGUAGAAGACUUAGAGACUGUCAGGAUGGAAAACAGAAGGACGGUGGACGAGAGGAAUCUUGACAAAUGUGUAUCUUUAAACUAAUGGCCGUUAUAAACAACUGUACAUACGAGUCAGUAGCCAUAUUUAAACCACAGCUUCAGCUCCAAACUGUUUGACCCGUCCAACACUUUACAGUUGAUUUGCAUGGUAAUGUACAGAGCAGCUAUCUCCACUUCCAUUUGCUACAAUGCACUAUUUGGGUAUCUUGGUUUGACGUAAAUCAUUAGCAGUAAGCACAUCUUAAUUUAGCAAGAUCCUGUAUUUUUUUCCUCAAUUGAGCUAAAUUUAAGAUAUUUAGUAGUUUUCAGUUAAAUUGGGCCAAUUUAUUAAAAAAAAAAAGUUUUACUUUGUUUUUGUUUUUUAAAGAUAAUAGUCAACACAGCUUAUAUCAUGAUUUAAAUUUGAUCUGAAUGAACCGGUUGGCCUUGUUUGCUUUUAGAUUCGGACCAGUCUUGACAUUAGCAGUUUGAACCUUCCAAUUUAAGUGUUUCCCUUUUACUUGUUUAUUGUUCGUAAAGUUGGAAUAAUCCAAACAUGUUGCAGAGGUAUUUGCAUCUUCCAGGUGGUUCUAUACUGUAACAGGUGAACAUAUUUAAUAUUUUGACAUCUAUCGCUCAUAUCCACCUAACAUGUUAAAUAGAAAAGGCAAGUUUAAAUGUUUUGCAGCUGACAGGCUUAUGGCUUAGUUUGUUAUUGGCAUUGUGUGGUUUGUUGUUCUCCUCUGGAUUCCCUCUGUUCGCUCAUCUGUCCUCCCUCCUGGGGUGAGAAUAUGAUAAAAUGAAACAUGUAAUGACCAAAUCAUAUUUGCACUGUCAAUAAAAUGUAAGGGGGAAAACAAUUUUCAAUUACAGUGAAAUUUCUUUUUUUUAUUGUCUACAUCUUUCUAAUAAACUGUUGAAGAUUUGU